UCCAUUUCAUUUAUCCAAAAAAAUGCCAACAACAUCAUCCUCUAUUUCGAACAACGUAGACACAGACUUCAACUCACCUCUCUUACCACCACCAUCCAAUGAAUCCACACCAGAGAAACAAUGCAUCGACGAGAUGCUACAAAACUACUGCGGCGAGUUCGGACGGUGGCAGCUAAAGCAUUUCGUACUAACAAGUCUCGCAUGGGCAUUGGAAGCAUUCCAUACAAUGGUUAUGAUAUUUGCUGACCGUGAACCAGAAUGGAGGUGUCUCGACGGUGUUGCCGGUUUGGGGUGUGACUUGACGGCGAAGAAUGUGUGUAAACUUGAACCGGGUUCGUGGGAAUGGGUGGGAGGUGCGGCUUCUUCGACGGUGGCGGAAUGGGGUUUGGUUUGUGGUGAGAAGUUUAAGGUUGGGCUUGUUCAAGCCGUGUUUUUCGCUGGAUGUAUGUUCGGGGCUGGAAUCUUUGGUCAUCUCUCUGAUUCGUUUCUUGGACGAAAAGGAUCUCUCACGAUAGUUUGCAUCCUAAACAGCAUCUUCAGCAUCCUAACAGCCUUCUCCCCCAAUUACAUCUCCUACUUCUUCCUCCGCUUCCUCACUGGUUUCAGCACAGGUGGCGUCGGCCUCUGCGCCUUCGUACUUGCCACAGAGCCCGUAGGCCCCACAAUGCGUGGUGCCGCAGGCAUGUCUACCUUCUACUUCUUCUCAACAGGCAUCGCAGUCCUCUCAGGCAUAGCAAACAUCUUCCCAAGAUGGCGCGAACUAUACAUAGCCUCCUCAAUUCCCUCCCUUGUAUUCCUCCUCUUUGUCCUCCCCUUCAUCUCUGAGUCCCCUCGAUGGUACCUUGUUCGAGGACGAAUCAAAGAAGCCAUGAACAUCAUGUCCACUAUAGCUACCUCUAAUGGCAACCACCUUCCACACAGAGUUUUUCUCACACUCGACGAAGAACCAUCAUCAUGUAAUAACAAUAUGGAUGACAAAGAUGCAGUGACAGGAUCUCUGGUGGAUGUGAUUCGUUCACCAGUAACACGUACACGUUUGGUUUUAGCAACAAUCAUCAACUUAUUGUGCUCAGUGGUGUACUAUGGUCUAAGCCUAAACGUAGUAAACCUCGAAACAAAUCUUUACCUUAACGUAAUACUCAACGCAGUGGCGGAGAUGCCAGCGUUCAUGAUAACAGCAAUCUUGUUGGAUAAGUUUGGGAGGAAGCCAUUAACAAUAGGGACAUUAUGGUUCAGUGGAUUCUUUUGUUUUGUGGGGAGUUUGAUGAGAAAUAAGGGGGUGUGGAAAGGAAUGAAAAUGGUGUGUGGAAUUUUGGGAAUAUUUGGGAUGGCAGGGACUUAUAAUUUGCUCUUUAUUUAUACGGCGGAGUUGUUCCCAACGGUUGUUAGGAAUGCUGCACUUGGGUGUGCUACACAAGCAGCACAAAUGGGUGCAAUAUUGGCACCAGUUGUUGUCGUUUUAGGUGGAUCAUUGCCGUUUGCUUUAUUUGCUUUUUGUGGAAUUGCUGCUGGGGUUUUUGCGUUUUUCUUGCCAGAGACACUAAACCAACCACUCUAUGAUACAUUAACUGGAAUGGAGGCAGGGCAAAAGGUCACUUCUGCAACAUCUAGUGUAUGAACAUGCUUGCAAACUAAUGUCUCCUUUCUUUACUUACUGCUGCUGGUUUGGUUUAAUUGUUUAGAUUUCAAUUUUGAGUUACAUUAUGUAUUGUUAUACAUGUCCAUAUAUAUUAUUGGAAUGCAUGUUUUAAUAUAGUUAUUUUCAAAGUGUGAAUAUAAAAAAGUUUUAUCAUGG